AUUAAUAAUUAUAAUCUAUCUUUCCUUACAAAGAAAAAUUGACAGAGUGACACCAAUGAUUUAUGAACGAGUGACACCAGUGAUUUAUGUUUCGGGGUAGCAUGGGUUAAAUAAAUUUACUUUAAGUAAUAUUAAGUUAUAAUAUAGUAUAAGUGAUACUAUAAGUAGGUAAAUGACAAAAUCAUAUAAUGAGACUCAGACUAUAAGUUAUACUUUGAUUCUUGUUAUAUGCUUUUGACUAAAGCUUAGUUAUCAUCAUUACGUCAUUAAUUGUUGAGUUUUUUUGGGUGGAACAAAAAGAUUGUAGCAUGGGGAGAUUGUGGCAACAGCAGCCAUGACAGAUUGAAACACGUGGUACAGAUUGUAACACGUUUUUUGAGAGUGUUUAUUGUUAUCUAUCUUCAUUAAUGUCUGAAAUUGGUACAUUUAAAAGAUGUGGCAAAAGAAAAACCUGCUCUAAAUUAACAAACCAUAAAUCAAAAUGUGACGUUAAACGUACCUGUAGUCAAUCAUUUUGGAACACUUCACCUGUUCAGCAACAAUUGCUUUCAGAUAAUUUGUUACAAAAUAUUAAAGUCAUUUCCCAACUGAAUGCAGCUAAAGUAUCACAGACAAAUCAUUUGGAUGAUGAAAUUAUGACCCUAAAUAACGAUAAAAAAGUUAUUCAAAAAAGUAUUAAUGCUUCCAUAUCUGAACAGGCAGAAAUUGAAAAUGAGUUAAAAGCCUUAAACGCCCAAUAUGAAAAAGUUAAAUUACUGAUUGAACAAAAAGAAUAUGCAAAAACUAAGCGAUCAAAUAAUCCUACAACUGACUUUAUGAUUAAUGACACAGCUUGUUCAACAAAAUAUCGAAGACGGGCAGAGUCUCUAAAAAUUAUGGAGUUUAUUCAUGGAGGCAGCUACGGAGCUAUUUAUGGUGUGUGGGAUCUUUUAUGUAGUAUUACUCCAAUAAAAUUAAUGGAGCAAUUCUUUGUGAAUUACAAACGAGGAAAUUUUCUUGAAAAUUUAUAUGGAACAAUUAUAUUAAAAGUAAAGCUGGUAUAAACAAAGCAGUUUCUUUAAAAUAUGCUACUUAUUUAUCUCAACGUAAAUACAACAUGAUUUUCAAUUACAGAAAGCCACAUUUUCAGAUAUUUCAAAUAUUUCAUCUGUAAAUUCAGUUCAAUAUGGUGAUGUCAACGUUGAACUGAACAUGUCAAAUGUUUCAAAUGAAACUGUUGAAAAGUUUGUAAAGUCAUUGGACAUUGGUGAAAUCCAUCAAAUUCCAGGUUAUAGUGGAGUAUCAAGAACAGUGACAGCAUUAGUGACAAUGGUAGCUGAUAUAAAUUUAAAAGGUAAAACUCUAAACGAAAAACUUGUUUGGUUUAAUGGAAACAUUAACCAUUUCAUUGUUGAAUUUUCUGAUGAUGGAGCUCCAGAGUCUCGAGAAAAAACUAUGACAAUUGGGACUUUGUCUAUGUGGAAUUUUGGUAAACGCAUCCGCAGUAGGGAGUUUAUUUAUCCACUACAUAUGAUAACAGCUAGUGAAAAAGAUAAAGUAUGUGAGUUGUUGUGGAAGCAAAAUUCAGAAGAAAUGGAAUUAAUUGAAAGUAAUGUACUCAACAUCAAUAACAUCAAAACAAGUUUUGAAUUUGUGCCAUCAGCUGAUAUUUCAUGGUUGUGUUUUGCUGCAGAUGUUUUAACCUACAAGUGCAACAUAUAGAGUUUGAGAACAAACAAAAUGUGAAUGCUUUAGAAUCAGCAAAACACAAUGAAAAGUUAAAUUUUAUGGCAGAAAACGGUAUUCGGCAACUUGGGGAACUGCAUAUUGGCAAAUUUGCUGAUUCCAUUCGUCCAGAACCACUUCAUUUAGAAAUUAAUAAUUGGCAACACGUCCUUGACUUAAUUUAUAAAGAGUCAGUGUGUCGUGGAGUUUUUGAGCAAUUUAUAAGUUAUUUAAGUAACCCACCUAAAGAAGCAGAUGAGUUAGGUUUUGGUUUAAAGUUUCUAGCAAAGAAUAUUAGAGAACAUUAUCAAAAUGAAAGUAAACGAAUGAACAAAUUAGAAAUAAGACUGAUAGGAGCUCAAGCGGUUUCUUUAGCCCAAUACAGUUUUCGUCUUGUUGACAUUUUACAGAUCGAAAACGAAAAACAAAAGCAAUAUUCAGAAACUUAAAAGAACUGUGUUAGCUAAAAUAUGUGAAUCUUUGCGUGAUGCUGGGGUUUUGAUUAACAAGUAUAAUAUUACAUCAGAAAAUUAUUCAGCAGAUGUUGCUAAGUAUUGCGUCAGGUAUUUUAAUUUGUUUUCAUUGUUUUUUCCGGAAAGCUGCCAAAGUACUGUAUGGACAAUGGGAUAUAUUGUACCAUAUCAUGCAAAAGAUAUAUAUACUAAAUAUAAUGUUGGUUAUGGAGUUUUAACUAUGCAGGGAAAAGAAUAAAAACACUCGUCUUUAAAGCAACAACUGAAAAAUAACAGUAAUCGAUCAGUUUCUUCUGACGAACAAGGUAAAUGGCAUCAACUGAUGAGAUCUAGUUUUGUGAGAAACUUUGGUCUUCCUUAUCAUUUUCCUACGAACAUAACUUCACACUAUAUCUUAUUUUCCUAUGAACAUCACACACACUACAAAUCAAGAGUACCAGCUAACUUAGAUAGUGAAUCAAUAUGCCAUUGUUCUCGUCAACUUGUAUCUGAGCAACUUUGUGAUUGUUGCAUAUUUGCAGUUCCAUUAAUGAAAUGUGUCGAGAAAGGUGAAUUAACUGAAGAAAUUUUGGCUAUUUUAAAACCAUACCAAUGUGAUGUUUGCAAUGAACGAUUUGGUGACAACAACAAACUUUUGCAACACUUAACAUCACAUGCACAAAAUCAAAUUAUCAAUAUUAUUCCUAGAGAACUUUCUUUAAAACAGUUAAAGGAUGAAUUAACACUACGCUGUAAAAGUGCUAGUGGAAGCAAGGCGGAGUUAAUUAGGAGAUUAGAAAGUUUUUUAACUAAAUAGAUCAACCUAUAUAUACAAAUAGGUAUACGAUCAUUAUA